AGACCCUAUCCAGAGGUGACCUCUCCCUGCACGAGCAGCUACUCAGCUCCUGCAGACUGUGCACUAUCACCUGAGAAUGUGUAUCAUAUGACCUGCCAUAACUCAAUAGUUGAUAGACUGGACAAGUUUCUCUCUGCACUGACUUGACUAGUACACUAGCUGUUGCCAUGGCACCAGGAUCUCAAACCAAGACGAUGGAGCUACAAGAUCAAGAUGGUCCAGUCGCUAGGUUAACCUCUGACCCUGACCCUCAAAGCACGGCUAAUCUCAGUCCAAGAUUUCAGAAACUUGUUAAAGAGUUCUACCACUUGAACUGGUUUGAGCGUGCUUGUGGUUUCACUGCUCCACUUGUUUGGAGGAAUAUCUUUAUCUUCACAGUUCUUCACAUUCUGGCUCUGAUUGGAGUGUGUUAUGGUCCCUAUGCCUCGUGGUAUACUUGGUGGAGCUUCUUCCCCAUGUACCUCAUGAGUGGCCUAGGUGUGACGGCUGGGGCACAUCGCUACUGGGCACACAAGACAUACAAAGCAAGGAUGCCUCUGCAGAUCAUUCUAAUGCUCUGCAAUUGUAUAUCCACACAGAAUGAUAUACUAGUGUGGUCACGAGAUCACAGAGUUCAUCACAAGUUCACUGAGACCAAUGCUGAUCCACAUAACGCAAGGAGAGGUUUCUUCUUUGCUCACAUAGGUUGGUUGCUGAUGAAGAAGCAUCCCGAUGUAUUCAUUAAAGGAGAAGCUGUCGAUGUGUCAGAUCUUAAGAAAGAUCCAGUGAUACAGUUCCAGAUCCGUUAUUACCUUCCCCUCUGUCUACUGUGUAAUAUCAUACUCCCGACCUUUGUACCCUACCUAGUGUGGGGUGAGGACUUGACUACGGCCUACUUUGUCUUGUUUGCAUUUCGUUAUGUCAUGACACUACACUCGACGUGGUUGGUCAACUCUGCGGCUCAUUUGUGGGGAAGUCAACCAUACGACAAGCAUAUGAACCCCAGUGAUAAUCGGUUUGUUGCCAUAGCAGCCAUUGGCGAGGGUUGGCACAACUACCAUCACACCUUCCCCUACGACUACGCCACAAGUGAAUGGGGCCCUAAACUCAACAUGACUACUAUUUGUAUCGAUGUAUUUGCAUUUCUUGGACUGGCUUACGAUCGAAAGCAAGUCUCACAAGAAUCGAUAGAUAGAGUUCGUAGAAGAAUUGGUGACCUAUCAUGAACUCUGAACCCUGACCUUUGCUAAUGCUGCUAGCUAGUGUAUUCCCUAUUUAUAUUGUGCUGCUUUUUUGUGUGCUUUUAUUGAAAUAUUAUUAACUGCUGA